UUCAUUUGCAUUUCGGCUCUUUAAUACUCUCCCUCCACUUCCUCCACCCAGAAUGUCGCUUUUCACCUUCUGGAAAGGGCCCUUCUUAGCCCCUUAUCUCUAGCAAUCAUCCUCCCCUGUACACUCCAUCCUGCCCUCUAGACACUCUUCUCCCCAAAUCCUCCUCCAUCGGAAUCUCACCUACGGAACCCACAGCAGGAAAUCAGCCAGGAUUCCCAGAUUCAGGAUUCAGAACCCACCUCCUUCGAGAAUUCUCUCCCAGAAUGUUUUUAAUCCUUUUAGAGCCCUUCCCCCAGAAUCUACCUUUCACCAGAAUUUCCUUCCGUUUUAAGUUUCCGCCCCCCAGAACUCUCCUCUUCAGAGCCCUCAACCAGACCCCCCCCUUUCUCUGAAUCUUCCUCCACUCAAAGGGCCCCAGAAUCUCCCACUGCCCGCAGUCCACUUUUCCCAGAACGUCCCCGCCAGAAUCUCCUUUCACAAGUGUUCUCUCCCUUUCAGACCCCCCUCCUUCAGAAUCUACCUUUCCUAAGAAUUCCGUUUCCUUCAGAGCGUCCUCUAACCAGCAACUGCCUCCCCUGGAAUUUCCCUCUCCCAGAAUUCUCCACUUCUUAGAGACCCUCCCUCCAGAUUCCCCCCUCUUCAAGGUCUCUACCUUAAAAUCCCUCUUUCUCUGGGGUCCUUCAAAUCAUCUCUUCACUCCCCCAAAUCACCCAACUCUCCAGGCUCCUUCCCCAUAGUAUUCUCCAUCCCCAGUCCCCCCAAUCCCCUCUGAGGAAUCUCAGGAUUAGGUUCCCCUUGGCUCCCCCCCCCCUCCCCCCAGGAUACUCCUUUCCCAGUCAAAAGGGUUCUUUAUCAGGGCUGCAGAGAGCCCACAGUUUCUUCAGUUUCCCUGGCAGCAGAAUCCGAGGUUCAAGGUUCAAAGGGGUGUGGUCGCUUACCUGGUGCCUGGAAAAUGGAGACAGGGUGGAGAUUGGUAGGUGGGUCUGUGGCAGGAGGGAGGAUCCUCCAGCCCAGAGUCCAGCUCCAAAAGGGUGGGAGAGGGGAGAGGUGAAGGAAGGGAGCAUCCAGAGGCUGACCUGGGAGGACACACACGCAGAUACACAGCACAAGAGAGAGACGGGCACACAUGAAGGAGCAAGACAAAGAAGGGGCCGAUGGAGAAGAGGAGAAAGAAGGUAGACAGAAGAUCAAUUACAGAUGGACCCAGAAAACACAAGUGACGGCGAUUCGGAGGCAGAGAGACCAGCCCUCAGAGAAAGAAGACAGACAGGACCCUGGGCUGGGACCAGAAAAGGCCUGGGGGGUGGGCAGGGUGCCCAUGUGGCCUCUCUGGACCAUCCUUCUGCUGGUAUGGCCCUUGGGAGGCCUAGGAUCACCCCUCUGCCCUCGGGAGCCUUUCUACUUCCUUGUUGCCAUCAUGAAGAUGCUGGGAAACAAAAAUGAUGGCACUCUCUACACCCCUGAUGAUCUCUCGGUUUGUCCUGCUGAGACUCUGGGAUGCUUCCGGCUGGAGCUUUCUGUGAUCCAGUUCGAAGAGGGCCGAUCCAUGGGGAUUGCUGUGUUCCGGCUACAGCGUUUGCUGGAUGCAUUGGGGUCCCGGCUGUGGGUGACUGGCCAGGGUCCUUGUCCACCCUGUGAAGGACAUCCCCAGAGACCCGUCCCCCUCUUUCUGGCCAAGCUCUUGGAGUUAUUACAGGGGGCUUGUGCUAGGCACCUGCCCUCAGCAUGAGCCUGGGAGGACACAGACUCCCUAGUACUGCUGAAGGGCCCGGGAGGUGUGAGACAGAGGGCACUUGGUCUCCAGUCCCAGCUGCCAAUCCAAAGCCUUCUCCUUCUGGGCCAAAGGCCCCCAUCUGGAGCCCAUGGAACCAAGGGGAAGAGAGAAGGAGGAAAAUCUGAAGCCUGAAGUCUCUGACCUACAGGGGUAGGGGGUUAGGUAAAUUGGCCCCCACCUGCCCCUCUUCUCCAUCUGAGGUACUCCCUCCUCUCUCCUCAUUCAGGAAGGGACAAAGCAUUGCACAGGUGUCUUCCAACCUCACCCCACCCCUACAGGACAGGGAGAGUCUUGUGCCUCAUGUCCCUGGCUGCAAAUAAUUACCAUCUGGAGAGCUUUCGGGUGACACUGAUGGUUAGGCUAGAUGUUGAUAAUUGGUCUCUGGUGCGUCCUGCCUGAACAGCUAUAGCUUGAAAAUCAACUUUAUUGAAAAUACAACUUUAUUGAUGUGUAAUUUGUAUACAGUAAAAAGCAUACGUUUUAAACGUGCAUUUCAAUGAGUUCUGACAAAUAUAUACACACAGCCACAUUUCCAUCACCCCAAAGCAUCAUCCCUUAUGCCCCUUCCCAGUCUUCACGUCCCGUCGUAGACAUCCAUUAAUCUGCUUCCUGUCUGUAUAGAAUUAGCUUUGCCUCCUCUAGAGAUUCAUAUGAACGGAAUCAUACUAUACAUAUUCUAGUGUCCGGCUUCUUUCACUCAGCAUGAUGUUUUUGAGAUUCACUCACAUGCGUAUCAGCAGUUUGUUACUAUUCCAUGGUAUGAAUGCACCCGAAUUGGUUUAUCCAUUCUCCUCAUGGUGGACAUUGGGUUGUUCCCACUUUGGGGCUAUUGCACAUCUCUCUUCUAUCUUCUUACAUAUUCUUACAUAGUGGUAGGGUUGAGAACCACUGAGACACCAAGGAAGAACCUUCUACGAGGAGAAAAUUACUGCUCCCUCACUUUCCUGGAGUAAAUAGCUUUCUGCAGCAGUGUCAAUAGGCAUUUUACAUGUGGGAUCCUAUUUUAAAGAGCUGGUGUUUAAAAGAAUCAAACUUGGGGGCACCUGGGUGGCUCAGUCGGUUGCAUGUCCAACUGUUGAUCUCAGGGUCACGAGUUCAAGCCCUGCAUUGGGCUCCACUAGACGCAUGAAGCCUAAUUAUUAAGUAUGUAUAAACAUGUGGGUACCAAGCUCAUAGAAGGGAAAACAUUUUUAUAGAAUGACCAGCCCCUCCCCAGUCUGUCUUGGGUUCAGGCUGAGAUGUUGGAUCAAGGAGUGUGUGCUCACACAGACACACCUGUGGUGUAUUCAUUCCCUGAUAGUGUCUUUGUGAGCCCACUGUUGGCCUGACCACACCAUCUGACUCUGUAACCAGGUGCAUAUUAAAUUUCUGUAAACUGAA